AAACCUAGGAUUGGCGGUCUGCCAUCUUUGAUUGUGCGACAGGCCGCGGCGCGAGCGGGGCCUCACUCAACUAGUUACAGCCGCUCAGUCUCUCACAAGACAACGGGGCAAAAAAGCAAAACGAAACGCCGGAGACGAGGGUCAGAUACAUACCGAUAAUUUAAUAUCGACCAACGCACACAGGGCGCCCAAAGAGCGCAAAGAUAGCUCGGUAAUAGGGCCCCGGCAAUAGAGAAGCGCUAGCAAGUAGUAGGCUGCUAGCCGAGUCGCUAGCUUGUUAGCUUUUGUAAUCUGCCGGCCGUUCACACAACAAGGGACGAGGGCCGAAACAAGCGCCUGGACCGGCUCGGAAAGGACACAAGUUAGAGAAGGGACCGGCGGAGACAGGAGGCUGGUUCUGAGGGGCGAGGCCGGAGGAUCAGACUCAAUGAGUUUCCAGCGAAAUGUCAGAGAAGUCAGGGCAGAGCACCAAGGCAAAGGAUGGCAAGACCAAGUACGCAACCCUUAGCCUCUUCAACACCUACAAAGGCAAGUCACUGGAGACCCAAAAAACUGCAGUGGCUGCCAGACAUGGGCUCCAGAGUUUGGGCAAAGUUGCUGCCAGUCGGCGCAUGCCCCCUCCGGCCAACUUGCCCAGCCUGAAGGCGGAGAACAAGGGCAACGAUCCCAACGUCAACAUCGUACCCAAGGACGGUAGCGGUUGGGCCUCGCGGCAGGACCAGCCCGGAGACGAGCGGCAACAAGAGACUCCUCCACCCCAGCCCAAACAGGGGGCGCCUCCCCCGCAGGAGGUGUCUGUGAGCGCUAGUCGCUCCUGGGCCAGCAACAAGCAGCCUGGACCAGUAGAAGGUGCCCCUCGGGUGAAUAGUCAGUUCCACCAGGAGUUCCCGAGCCUGCAGGCAGCCGGGGAGCCAGACAAGCCUGGGGAGCAGGAGGAGGAACCGUAUGGGCCCGGCCCCAGCCUCAGACCACAAAAUGUUGGCAGUUGGCGAGAGGGCGGGGGCAGGAAUCUGAACACAGCACCCAGCCCUCCUGAGAUGGAAAGCAAGGUGGCGGAGGAGGGCGCUGGGCGCAGCACGCCCUCUCCCAGCGCGGACGUGGACGAGCCCCACAAAGCUGCCGCUGAGAGCAGGGAGAAGCGGGAGCCCCGGGAGAGACCGCCCCAGACCGGCCCGCCUGCCCCCGCUCCCCAGCCCAAACUCAACGGGGGGCAGCAGCCACCUGCCGGCGUGCCCCCUCAGUUCCACCCCCAGUUCAGAGGCAUAAUGCCGCCAUACAUGUUCCAUGCUUACCCAAGGAUGCCCUUCCCCCCAGUGCAGGGAAACUAUAGAUUCCCUGCGCAACAGCAAGAUGGAGCCAAGGGCCCCAGGCCUGCCAGCAGGCCCCCACAGGGCCACUCUCAAGCCUGGCUUCAGGACCCUGACCGGCCCUCCAUAAUCAGUGCUACAGAGCUGAAGGAGCUGGACAACCUGGAUACAGAAGCUGAUGAGGGCUGGGCAGGAGCCCAAAUGGAGGUUGACUACACGGAGAAACUGAACUUCAGUGAUGAUGAGGAGAACCAGGCUGGAAAGGAGAAGGGGGAGAACUGGGAGUGGAUGAGUAAGGUGGAGCGCAUGCGAACGCGCAGCACAGACGGCGCAGAGCCCCGGAAGGACUGCGCGGAGGAGCGAGGGGCAAUCAAAGACUGGCCGGAUGGUGCUGACGCCAGACCUCCAUCCACUGCCGGCAGGGCCCAAUACAGCAAGACUGGUCAGCCCGAUUUCCAGGGACAGACCGCGGGACGCGGCGUCGCAAGCGGGGCCCCUCGGACAGGAAAGCCAGCCGCGGCGCCCCCUGCGGGUGAGGAGGACUUGGAAGCGUGGCGGCAGAAGCGCAAGACCCAGUCGGAGCUGUCCGAGGCGGUGGAGCGGGCACGGAGGCGCCGCGAGGAGGAGGAGCGGCGCAUGGAGGUGCAGCGGCUGGCGGCCUGCGCCGAGAAGCUGAAGCGGCUAAACGAGAAGCUCCGCACCGCCGAGACCCAGGCCUCCCCCGUGCCACAGGAGGAGCCCAGCGCCCCGCCCGCCGACCCCGCCCCUGCACAGCAGGCCCUCUCUCCCUCACCCGCACCCCUCCCCGCGGAGGACUCAGAGCCCUGCGUGCAGGAGGAAGAGGUGCAGGAGGAGCAGUUUGUGCCUCAGCAGCCCGAGGUGGUGGAGGUCGGCGUGAAGGAGGAGGCUGGGGAUGUGGAGGCGCCCGUGCCGGAGGAGAGCCCGGCUGAGCGAGCUCCAGUGAGAGACUGCUUCAGUGCAGAGGAGAGCAGAGCUGAUGAGCUCCCAGUGUCUCUGUCCCGUGUGGAUCCCUCAAGUCAAGAAGACACCCCGACGCUGACCUCUGAGGUGGAGGGGGACCCAGGCGCUGCUGUGCGCCCCUCCCUCACCUCUGGAUAUUCCAAACAGUUUCAGAAGUCUCUUCCUCCUCGGUUUCUUAGGCAGCAGGAACAACUGAAGCAGCAGCAACAGCAGCAGUGGCAACAACAACAACAACAACAACAACAACAGCAGCAGCAGCAGCAGCAGCAGCAGCAGCAGCAGCAGCAGCAGCAGCAGGGGGGUGCGGUCUCCCCAUCUGGGGCCCCAGGCCCACCCCCUCAGCAUCGCUCCCUCUAUCAGCCCCUCGGUCCACACCCCCAGCAUCUGGCCUCUAUGGGCUUUGACCCCCGCUGGCUGAUGAUGCAGUCCUACAUGGACCCCCGCAUGAUGUCAGGCCGGCCAACUUUAGAUAUGCCACCCAUGCACCCAGGGAGAAUACCUCCUAAGCAGUUGGUACGCAGAGACCCCGCAGACAGUAGCGGCUCCGGCUCAGACUCCUUUGACCACCUGACCCGACCCAUCCGGGAGCAUGGACUCCCCAGUGAGCAGCGCAUGGUGUGGGGCUCUGAGCCCUAUACCCCGACCGAACCCAUACCUUCCGUCACUCCCCCCAAGGGACGGGACGAAACCAAGGAGCCCAGCAGGAUGGACUCUGGGCUGGAGCUGGAGAGGGCCGUUCCUGCCGCAUACCCACAGGAGCACAGUCCACUCGAACCGAGGGGGAAGAGCGAUUUCUUCCGGGACUCAUCCGAACCGCUGUCUGCCUUUAGCUGUGGUCCAGAGGAGGCCCCUGGCCUGCUGCAGCCUGACCGAGGCCCUGCCGGGUCAGUGUUUGAGCCCCAGGAGGCCAGUCUGCCCUGCGGGGAGGAAGUGGAGAGCCUGGGCCGCUCGCUGCUGCAGAGGAGCAUCUCCCAGGGAUCCAGCCACUCCCUCAAACUUGAGGAGCCACGCUUUGACAGCGUCCCCAUUGCCACUAAGACCCAAGAUCUCCCUGACCCUGUAGAGCCAACAGAGGACAAGACCCGCAACGAGCCCUUCUCCCAGGGCCUGUCGAGCAGCAACAGAGCCACGCCACCUGCGGAGGGCCUGCACAAAGUGGAGAAGCUGCCCUUGUUGGCCACUAACAAGCAGAAGUCUGACAUGCGCUGGGGCCCGCGGUCGGGGACUGGGCGUCGAGAUGGCCCAGUGGGGGACAGGCCAGUGCGCAGGUCAGGACCUAUCAAGAAGCCAGUCCUCCGGGACAUGAAAGAGGAACGUGAGCAGAGGAAGGAGAAAGAGGAGCGCCAUGAGCGCGGGGAACAUGGAGAUCGUGUCAAAAAAGAGGUCAUUGUCAAAGCCCCUUCAGCUGCAGCUGCUCUCAUGGAGGGUCAGAAACCCUCGAGUGAGCCUAAGAGGGAGCAGGCUGUGGCCCCUGAUCUGGGAGACUCGUCCAGCAGCAGCUCAGGUAAGGCAAGAGGGCAGCAGAUGCCUGUGGGUACCCAGGGCCCGGCCUCCCAGGAAGACAAACAAGACAAACCUCUGGUGACGGACAAGCAUCCCGAACCUAAACUGCCGUCUCGCAAAGAGUCUAACCUGCCUCCCAGGGCUUAUCGGAGGGAGGAGCGUGAGAGGGAUCGGGAAAGGGAGCGGGAAAGAGAAAGGGAACGCGAGAAAGAGAGGGAAAAAGACUGGGCAGCUGAUUUGAGCCACAGGGGUCGCGGCCGAGGAGAGUACUACUCCCGAGGGCGCAGCUACCGUGGGAGCUACGGGGGCCGCGGCAGAGGCAGCCGGGGCCGCAGUCGCGGGGACUAUCUGUACCGAGAGCCGCGGUCCCGCUCUGACCUGCCUCUGUCCGCCUCCGGGGGUGUGGGCUUCCGCUGCAGAGAGGAGAGCGAGACGCGCAGCGAGAGCUCUGACUUUGAGGUGCUGCCAAAGCGCCGCCGUCGGCGUGGCUCGGACACCGAUUCGGAGAGCGAGGGCCACGAGUCGGCCAGCGACACCGGUGCAUCGGACCGCGAGCCCAGCGCCAAGCCCAGCCGCCCGCUCCGCCGGGAGCUCCCCGAGGUGCGGCGCGGGGCCAAACCGGGAGGGGCUUCGUCUUUCGGCCCCCCUCACAUGCUGGAUAAGCCUGGUUCCCGUGAGGAUGAGAGCAGGCCCAAGCCUGGCUUCCUACCCAAGGGAGAGCCAUCCAGACGGGGGAGAGGGGGCCUAUACAGCCGCAGGGGGGCCGGGAGGGAGCGUGGCGGUCCCAGGUCAGUCCCCCUGAGGAGGGCUGGGAUGCGAGAAUCCUCACAGUGGCCUUCCAAACCCAUGGAGACCUUCCGCCCUGAGGAAGCGGAGACCUCCAGGUUCGACAACCCUGGCCCUGACAGACGGCCGCCCAAGUACGAUGGCAAGAAAUUUGGGGAAGCCGGGCCCAGCAGCCGCGAGCGACCCCGCAGGCCCCGCCCUGCUCGCCCCCCCAGGCAGGACAAGCCUCCCCGCUUCCGUAGGCUAAAGGAGCGGGAGGCGGCCGGGAUGGCCAGCGAAGCUGCCUCAGAGAUCCCAGCCCCAGAUUCUGCCUCCCCGACACUGUCCAAGGCACCGGGGUGUGCGUUACCCUCAUCCGAGGGAGCUGCCCCCGAGCCAGCACCGGCCGCGGGGGCCGUGCCGUCUGAUGUGGGACCUACCGCCGUCGCCGCCGGGAGCAAAUCGCCCGACCUGUCCAACCAGAACUCUUCGGAUCAGGCUAACGAGGAAUGGGAGACCGCCUCGGAGAGCAGCGACUUCAACGAGCGGAGGGAGCGCGAGGAGCGGAAGGAGGCGCUGGAGUCUGCGAGCGUGGCGCCCGCUGCUGCAGCGCAGCCCCCUCAGGGCGCAGUGACCCAGAGCAAGCCUGCUGGGGAGGGAGGGGUCACCCCCAAACGCGAGGCUGCUGCUGCCGCUAAGAGGAGCUUUUCCAGCCAGCGGCCGGUAGACCGCCAGAACCGGAGGGGGAACAGCGGGCCCAAAUCUGGUCGGGGAUACGCCGGAGGAAAGGGGGAGCGCAGGGGAGGGUCUGGAGCUAAGGCCGGCCGCAGAGGUGCCGCCCAGAACUCUGAAUCUCACGGAGGAGCAGGCCAGCGACCCGGCAAGGAGUCCACUUCCCGACGCAAGGAGGAUGCCAAGCAAGCUGCUAAGAAGCCCAAGGAGAAGGCUGACGCGCUGUCCCAAUUCGACCUCAACAACUACGCCAGUGUGGUAAUCAUCGAUGACCACCCGGAAGUCACAACCCUGGAGGACCCCCAGUCCAACGCCAACGACGACGGCUUCACGGAAGUGGUGUCCCGCAAGCAGCAGAAGCGCCUUCAGGAUGAGGAGAGGAGGAAGAAGGAGGAGCAGACUGUGCAGAACUGGAGUAAGAAAGGCUCUAACGAAAAAGGAAGAGGUGGCGGUUCCAAGCUGCCUCCUAGAUUUGCCAAGAAGCAGCAGCAGCAACAACAACAACAACAACAACAGCAGCAGCAGCAGCAACAACAGCAACAACAACAACAACAACAACAACAGCAGCAGCAACAACAACAACAACAACAACAACAGCAGCAGCAGCAGCAGCAGCAACAACAGCAGCAGCAGCAGCAGCAGCAACAACAACAACAACAACAACAGCAGCAGCAGCAGGCAGUUUCAGCUUCCCAGCCCUCUCACCAGGCCCCUGCACAGCCAGCAGGCCAGCCCCAGCCCCCAGUGCCACCGCAGCCCCAGCCUCAGCCUCAGGAGGGCGCCGUGGCCCUGCCCGGCACCGUGGACUUUGCCGGGAAGACGCUUGCUGCAGGGCAGGCUCACAGCAGCCUGGGCACCGAGCUGUGGGAGAACAAGGUGACGGCUGCAGCUGUCCUCCCCGACAUGAAGAAAUUGGGACCAAUCAGCCCUCCCCAGCCCCCGUCAGUCAGUGCCUGGAACAAGCCUCUCACGUCAUUUACCGGCACGGUUACACCUGAGGGAGUGAAGUCUGCGCUGGAGGCCGGGGAGCUGGGCAUGGACAGUAUCCAGUUCGGGGCGCCCUCGUCGGCGGGCAGCACGGACAGUGACGGAGUCCCCGCUCUGCUGGAGAAGGGCUCGGACAACAAGCUGCCGGAGCCCAAAGAGCAGCGGCAGAAGCAGCCCCGCGCCGGGCCCAUUAAGGCCCAGAAGCUUCCAGAGCUCAGUCCCCCAGAGGCUAAAGAGUACAAGCCGGGCCCCAUCGGAAAGGAGCGCUCCCUGAAGAACCGCAAGGCCAAGGACGGCCGGCAGUCGGAGGGUGAGGGGCCCGAUAAGGGCCCGGGCGGCACCCGGGGACCUGACUCUGGCUCCCCCACCAAGGACAAGGUCCCAGAGCUGGGGGGCGACAUAGAGGGCAUGAUCACCGCCCCAACUGUGGAGUACGGGAGCGUCUCAAAGGAAUCUGUGACCGACUACACUACCCCGUCUUCAUCUCUGGCUGAUAGCGUGCCCACCGUCGUGAGCAAGAUGGAGGAGAGCCUGGUGGCCAAUGUGGCCCUGCCCCACACCCUCCCGCUGCCCCGCCGAGAGGCCCUGCAGCAGAGCUCCACCCUCACCACAGUCUCCCCGGCCACCGUGGAUCUCACGCUCAAGAUGGAGUCGGCGCGUAAAGCCUGGGAGAACUCCCCUAGUCUGGGGGAGAAAAGCUCGCCCGUCACCUCCUCUGCGUCGCCCAUCACCAGCGGCACCGGCGGAGGCAGCGCCUCCUACAGCUCCUUCUCCAGCGCCUCCAUGCCUCAGAUACCCGUGGCCUCAGUCACUCCCAGCACCUCUCUCUCAGGUUCUGGGACCUACACCACUUCCUCUCUGGGCACGAAGACCACCUCCGCCUCCGACCCCCCGAACAUCUGCAAGGUGAAGCCGCAGCAGCUGCAGGGCGGCGGCGUGUCUGGGGGCUUCUCCCAGCUGGGCUGCGUGCCCUCCCUCCUCCCCCAGCAGCAGCAGACGCCCCAGGUGUUCGUGUCCCAGUCUGCCGCCGCAGCAGGUUCUGCAGCCCAGAUCCCAGCCUUCUACAUGGACACCAGUCACCUGUUCAGCCCGGCACACCCUCGACUCGCACCCCCGUCUCUGGCACAGCAGCAGGGCUACCAGCCUGGCCUCUCUCAGCCGACGGCGGUGCAGCAGAUCCCGAUCCCCAUCUACGCACCUCUGCAGGGCCAGCACCAACACCAGCAUCAACACCAACACCAACAUCAACAUCAGCACCAACAUCAACACCAACAUCAACAUCAACACCAACACCAGGCCCAGCUGGGCCUGAGCACCGGCCCCCCUGUGUCCCAGCCACAGGACCUCUUCAGCUCCUCCCUGCAGCCCUACAGGUCCCAGCAGGCCUUCAUGCAGAACAGCCUGUCCCAGCCAUCUCCCAUGAUGCUGUCGGGCACCACGCUGCACAGCUACCCGGGCGUGCAGCCCCCCGACCUGGCCAAGCCCCAGUCCAGCCUGGCCUUCCAGCAGACCUCCAACACCCAGCACAUCCCCAUCCUGUUCGAGCCCCAGCUCAACCAGCCGUCCGGCCUGGGCGGCUCCCAGCUCAUCGACACGCACAUCCUGCAGGCGCGACAGGGGCUGAGUCAGCACUCGAACCUGUACUCCAGCCAGGUGCAGCAGCACGGACAGAGCAGCUACUACAGCUCCACACAGUCCGCCAGCUCGGCCAUGCAACAGGUGACAGUGCCUCUCCCCGGCUCCCAGCUCUCCAUGCCAAACUUUGGGUCGACAGGAGGCCAGCCCCUGCUCGCCCUGCCACAGUCGAUGCCCCCCACACCACCCCAGGCACAGGGCCAGAGCCUGAGCCGGCAGCCCCCAAUCAGCCAGCCCUUCCGCGGGCUCAUGGGUCAGAGCGGGCACAGCAUGAUGCAGGCCUCAAGCAAGAUGUGUGAGAUGGAUUUGAAGCUGUUCGGUAGUGGGAUGGAUAUGAAGCCUGGGACCCCCCCAGUGAGCGCUCGGAGCACCACCCCCACCUCCAGCCCCUUCAGGGCGAGCUCCACCAGCCCCAGCAGCCAGAGCAGUAAGAUGAACAGCAUGCUGUACCAGAAGCAGUUCCAGACGAGCUCCGCUGGCAUGCGCAUCCCUCAGCACUAUGCAGGACAGUUCACCCCACAGAUGCUGUCUCAGCCCAGCCUGGUGUCUCCGCUGGUGCGCCCGCCCCACUCCAGCUCGUUUCCCGGAGGGGUGCAGAGGACUCCAAUGGGGCCCCCCAUGUCCCCCUCCCUCAGUGCUGGGCUCAUGCCCCACCCCCGGCCCCAGCACCCGCCCCGUGGCCCCCUGGGGCCCCCCAUGGGCCCUCGGGGCACACACGCUGCACUGAAGGCAGAGCAGGACCUGAAGGCUAAGCAGCGCGCCGAGGUGCUGCAGUCCACCCACAAGUUCUUCUCCGAUCAGCAGCAGCAGCAGCUCAAGGCCCCGGUCAGCAAGCCGGCCAGAGUGGACGGAGGGGGGAAGGUGGUCGACAGCGUGGCCCCCAACCACCAGGGGGGCCCCCCGGAGCGCACGGAUGCAGAGAAGCCCCCCUCCCUCGCCGGCCCCAAGCCCGUACGGACCGGCCCCAUCAAGCCCCAGUCCAUCAAGCCCGAGGAGAGCAAGUAGAGAGCGCCCCCCACCCUCACCUCACAAAACCCCCCCUGAGGGACAGCGCCAGGACCUGCGGGAGAGGGCACACUCACUCACUCACUCACCGACUCACGCACGGCACCCUCCGCUCUGUCCCAUCGUAGGAUUAGAGGAGUGUGGGGAGAGCGGCAACUGGUCCCGACCCGCCGCUACAGAGGGCCACUGUGUGCCUCCCUCCCCAUCCUCCCGCUCCCACCCAGGGCCCCCCCCCCCCCCCAGGGUCGUUUGGUGGGCUCUGUUUUGUGUUGAGUUGGGCCCCUCUUGUCAACGGGGGGAGGAAUGGCACGGCUUCGCUGGCUGUACACGCAAAGUGUACGAUGAAGAUAAAGUUAAAGAAACGAAAUCCGCUGCUGAGUUUGCAAUUUUCUUUUAUAGCAAUAUAUCUUUCUUUUUUUUUCAUGCCUUUUUUUUGUAGAAUCACAUGUAUUUGGAGGGAAAUUUAUUAUUUUUUUGGUUUGUUUUUGUUAAUUUUUUUGCUUUGUUUCAAAUUUUUUUGUAGUAAAAACAAUCUAAUUUAAAAAAAGGUGUUUUAGUGAGCAAAAGUCUUUUUCCUCGUUCCUCCAGUAACUAAUCCGAAACAUUUAUAGAAAACUAAUGUUGAGAAAUGAGCAGCAGUACGUCGAUUACCUUUUGAGAGGAACACUGCAUAGUUGCCACACGCGCCCCCUCCCUCACCGCUGAACAUUUUAACCGAGUCCGCCAAGAAUCAGGAAAUGCUUACUUUUGUCUUUUAAUUGCCUGAAAAGUUGCUGAGGAGUGAGUGAGUGAUUAAUAGUCGAUUUGACUGCAGCCUCCACUUUAAGCCUGACUUUCCUCUUCAUCUCUGACCGGAGGUAAUCUGAGAGUCACAGGAGGGCAGCUUAGAUUUCUCUGGCAUCCGCAGUCGGAAGCGUUGUCUGGUGCCGGGAAGUGCAUGGUGUGACUGCAUCCUUUUCUCCUGGGAGAGGCCAGCUCAGGCAGGGGAAGGGGCUGAACAGGGCGCUGUAAACGGCUGAAAGGCUGGAACAGGCACACGGUAGUGGUUUGUCGCCUUUUGUGGCUUUUGCUAACCGACUCUCCUCUCCAUAGCAAACCAUCUCAUACAACCUGACCUGUGAUUCUCACAUGGCUCUUCUGGGUAUUUUCAUCGUUUUCCCCCCCCCAUUUCUCUCUUGUUCUCUCCCUCUCUUUAGUAUAGUUCCGGUUAGGAUGACGAGUCAGACCAUGCUGCUGUAGAUAGAGAUCGUACGACGUUGAUUGCGAGAGAAAAUCACGACAUAGGAUGGGUUUGGAGUAGUUGGGGAGGGGGGGGUGGGGCGGUUGGAUUUUUAUACUAGCAAAGAAUCUGCGAGUUAGCUCUGGGGGUGAGAAGGUGAGGUUUAACGGUUGUUCCGAUGUCUUCGGCCCGAAGGACGUUUUUUUCUGUUGUAAAGACACAUCCCGCACCUGUCGUCUCAAGGCUCGGUCUUAGCACUGCUUUCUUCCCCCACUCCUCUCUGCAGCUGCAAUGUGGGUCUGGUGGAUCAGUUCACUGUGGACCCUGAGGGGCUCCAGAACCUUCUAGACAUCUUGUGAGGAUGAGAACAUUGUUGUGGAGUAUGGGGGAGGGAGGAGCAAUGAGAUUGGAUUGGUUUUCUUGUUUUUUUUUUUUCUUGUUUUUUUUUGUUUCUUUGUUCUUUUGUUUUACUUGUACAGGGGUUUAAUCGCUGUAUUAAGAUAUGUAAGGUCUUAUUUACAUUAUCUUGGUUUGGUUACAGAAACUAAUAAAAUAAUAUGCUGUAAAAAUUGAA